AUGCUAGAGCAGCAUCACUUGUCAACACAUCCGACAGAUACAGGGUUGCUUGGCAUGAAGAUGUGGAAAGGUAUGAAGCUAACUUCCUGGAAAAGUUCUUCAGAUCCUGCAAGGGGGCUCUUUUCUUACGGAAUGGACAUGUCUCCAGGAAAGACGCAGAUGAUGAUGUUAUAUAACAACACUGUUCCAUAUCUGUCCAGUGGAGAAUGGGCUGGGGAUUUUUUCGCUGACGAGCCCGUAAUGGAAGGUUCGAAGAAACUUCAAGCGUCCUGUGUGAGGCUUUCUCCUUCAAGAAUAUACAUUAGCUCUUUUAUUAACCCGAUAGAUCAUAUCCUCACGGGACGGUUCCUGUUAGCUGAGAAUGGCGGAUUUGAAUUUUACUACUUGAUGGAUGAUGGUGGAUGGAGUCUGAGGUGGUCGACAUACCGAGGUGAAUGCAGUGACUAUGAAAUCUGCGGGUCGUAUGGACUGUGCAACGCGAAUGAUGUGCAUAGUUGUGUCCAGGGCUUCACGCCCAAGAACGGCUCUGAAGGGUGGUGGUCAAGCGGGUGCGCACGGCGAAUGCCCCUGUAUUGCUCUGUCAUAGAGGCCUUUGCUCUCGCUAUUUCUGAUCGACCCGUUUGUAGAUUGUCGUUUGGAGAUCUAUUCGGAAAUCGCAUUUCAUCGGAGGGCCAAUCUGUUUUCAUUAGACUGGCUGCUUCUGAGUUUCGGCACUCCACAUCGGAGCGAAGGAUCAAAGCCUCUGCACUUGCUAUUUUACUUACUGCUGCCGCAUCCUUUAUUGCUGUUUCAGCUCUGCUGUUGGCUGCAUUUUUCCUGUGGAAGCGUCGACGACUGUUGAAGAAGAACGUGGAAGAGGAGGUGCCAAUGUCGCUCAAAAAGUUCACUUACAAAGAGCUGCGAACUGCAACAGAUAAUUUCAAGCAUAAGUUGGGUAGCGGAACAUUCGGCUCUGUGUUCAAAGGAACCCUGCCAGACAGCCCGCUUGUUGCGGUUAAAAGAUUAGAGGGUUCCACGCAAGCAAAGAAACAAUUCCGUGCAGAAAUAAUCACUACCGGCAGAAUACAGCAUGUGAAUUUGGUCAGGCUGUGGGGAUUCUGCGUAGAGCAUUCACGAAGGUUACUGGUGUACGCCUACAUGCCCAACGGCUCCCUAAACUCCUUCCUCUUCUCUCAGUUGGAAGACGCAGAGAACGUGUUGGACUGGAAGACUCGGUUUGAGAUCGCAGUGGGCACUGCAAGAGGAUUAGUUUAUCUGCAUGAGGAAUGGAGGGAUCGCAUCAUUCACUGCGAUAUCAAGCCUGAAAACAUUCUUCUGGAUGGCGACUUCAGCCCCAAGGUGGGAGAUUUUGGGCUAGCGAAGCUGGUAGGUAGAGAUUUCAGCCGCAUCCUGACGACCACAAGAGGAACUCGUGGGUACUUGGCUCCCGAGUGGAUCUCCGGCCUUCCUAUCACUCCCAAGGCGGACGUAUAG